AUGACGGGAUCCCGAGAGAUACCAGUGAUCGUCAUCACGCCUCCUCCGGAGGAGAGCCCGACGUCCACCGUCAGCAUCCUGACGGCGCGGCACUGGGGCCUCUGGGCCAAGGGAUGCUUGCGCAAGUUGGACUGCACGAGCGCCAAAGGGUACAACUACUCGACCAUGACCGAUGACGACGAUGUCGAGCUGGUCGACUUGCUGCCACGCGCCGCGCCAACUGCUGGUAAGUUGCCAACCGAACCACAAGACAAAGUAGCUGCUGAAGCACGACACAGACAGGUUGAAGCCCACGAUCGACCUGUUACAGAGACUCCUCUCGAUGAACGAUCCAACAAAGGACACAAGCAGACCGAGGAGGCAGACCGACAUGGAGCUAAGGCAACUUCACCCAAGCGAUUCGUCGACAUCGACGUCGAGCGCGCAGCCGCCUCAGAAUUAGACAAGUUGGUCUUCUACAAGAAGCAUCUGGCAGUGCUGGAGUCCAUCAGGUUUCGUGGCGACAUGAUGCGGGCAUUUGAGCAAGAAUGCAAGCAGCCAUGGUUCAACCCGAGCGAGUUUGAAGACGACCUCCCACCACUUCUUCCACAAACAACACAUAUUCGAAGGAAGGCAGAGGAGCUCCUCAAGGACUUGGUGGAGAAUCCAAUCCCAGAUAUCGGGGAUAUGCUUGAAGCAAAAGGACAACGCAAGACGAGUGUUUGCAUGGCAUGGCAUGUCGUGCUGGAAAGCCAUGGAAGAGAUAUUGGCAAGAAAGCCCUGUUUGAGCCUGUUGUGCUGGGUGAUUGGAAAGAAGAUAGCUGCCAGACAUGGGAGGAAAUACUCAACCAGAAGUCCAGGGACUAUUAG